AGUAUCGAGAGUGCAGGAGACGAGAGCGCACGCAGUUGCCGUCACCGCCGACGCGCCGCCGUCGAUGCGGCGUUAAUCCCGCCUCGAAUAAAAUAUCUACAAACAAAUAGUUGAAAUUAAAACAACUAAUUACGUGUACCUACGACUUAAUAGUGAGUAUUGAAUAGUAUGGUGACAUGGUUGAAUGACUUUGUGCGCGAGUUAUAAAGUUUUUAAUUGUGCUUUAUGAGUUUAACUUUACUCGGAUGUUUCUUUUUAUUUAAAAAGAUUUUUUAAUCGAGAUUGACGAACCUCUAUUUAAGAAGAUGAUACGAUUUUCUGCCAGCACAUAGAUUACAUGAAAAUGACUGCCUUAAUAAAUAACUUCACCCACAAUGUAUCAACCACAGUUGAUCCUACUAUUAUAUUUGGACCAAACAGAGACCCUCUGUACAUCGUGCUGCCAAUCACCAUAGUCUAUUCUGUAAUUUUCAUUACUGGUUUAAUUGGAAACGUGUUAACAUGCCUAGUGAUCGUCCGGAACAAAAGUAUGCGCACCGCAACAAAUUAUUAUCUAUUUAGUCUAGCGAUAUCAGAUUUGCUAUUGCUGGUGAGCGGUAUGCCUCAAGAGAUGUAUUCUAUAUGGUCGAAAUGGCCUUACGUGUUCGGGCCUGCGUUUUGCCUCAUCCGAGGUCUAGCAUCAGAAACAUCCACGAAUGCCAGUGUCUUGACGAUAACACUUUUUACUGUGGAGAGGUAUUUGGCAAUAUGUCACCCAUUUGUGUCACAUAAAAUGUCAAAAUUAUCGCGAGCUACGAAACACGUUUUCUUCCUUUGGGUGGUGUCAUUAGGACUUGCAUUACCUCAAGCGUUACAAUUUGGUAUUGGAAGUUACAGUGGCGUCACGAUGUGUCUUCAAACAAGAGUGAUAAUACAGCAUUCUUUUGAGAUCUCGACAUUCUUUUUCUUCUUUGCACCUAUGAUAUUGAUAACGGUACUUUAUACACUGAUCGGUUUGAAAUUAAAGGAGACAAGAAUAAAUAAGGAAGUCCAAGAUCCAGAAAUGUUUGAGAGAAGCUUGUGUUGCCCACAUUCACAUAAUACUCGUAGAAGACCGAGCCAAUCCACAAGAAGAGUAGUCAAAAUGCUGGUGGCUGUAGUGGUAGCAUUCUUCAUAUGUUGGGCGCCUUUCCACGCACAAAGAUUGGUGGCCAUAUACGGAACCACGUCCAUGCACCAGGCACGCCAACCGAUCAUGGCUAAAAUCUACAAUUUCCUCACAUAUAUCUCCGGAGUCUUUUACUACAUGUCUACGUGCAUCAACCCGAUAUUUUACCAGAUCAUGUCUAACAAGUUCAGAGAGGCAUUCAAAAAUACUUUCAGGCAGUGUUGCUGCCAUAGCGGCAAGAAGAAUACUGCCACGCAGUGCCUGUACACUGCUAUGGGGUUAGCACGGAACCAGUCAUCAAACGGCACAGGCCAUUUAGACAACUCCAUGAAGAAUGGUUCCUUGAACUAUCAAAGCAAAAGAAAACAAGACAGCCAAGACAUGAGGAAUUCUAGCAUGGAAUCUAAGCACCUCAUAUGCGAUGCUUGCAAGAAAGCUAAUGCACGCCAGGCUUACACACAACGGAGCAUCAGCAACUCUAAUGGUAACAACCCUAACGGAAAAAUAGAUCCCGAAGGAGAUUCGAUGAAAUAUUCCAAUAAUGACAACAUUAUAGUUCCUAUAUCAGAUUGCCACACGUUCACAGAAUCUAAACAUAAUACUGUUCGCAGCACUCGUCCAGCCGUUGGAUAAAUAGUAACCAAUAAAAUUAGUAUUCGAUUUUGUAUUAUAUUAUAAAAGAUAUUAGAUCACAUUUAGAGUGGUACUGUACAUAAUUUAACUGCCAUUAUUAUGUAUUUUACUGAUCUUAAAUUAAGCAACUAAAGACUAAUUUUAUAAUGUAAGAAAAUUGGCAGCGUUUACAUUUUACAAAUAUUUUCCAUCUUGUAUAAAAAUACUUAUUAAAUAUAAAUGUCAAUUAAUUAAAUCUUUGAAUUUUUGGCUUUGUAUUAAAUGUCAAUUCGUGUAAAAAUUAUUGUGUAUUAACACUGUAGUUUAAAUUAGUAUUUACACAUCUGCUGCUGUUGGCAUCAAGUCUGUGGCGCAAACUAAACUAGACUAGGUUUAGUUCUCUCAAACUUCGUUUCCAGUUGUAAAUAUAACUAAGAGAACAGAAGAAAACCUAUUAUAUUUUAGUGUUAGUUUAAUUAAUUAUAUAUCGACUAUCGAAUAAUAUUAAAACAAAAUCAAAUUAAAGUAAGAUUUAUUUAGUUUAGUUGAGAGUGGUACAACAGAAUUGACAUAGUUUUGUUUUAUAACUUUACGUCAGAUAUCCCAUUAAGAAAUUUUCACGACUUUUAUAUCUUAUAGAUCAAUGCUUCUUAACCGGCGGUCCAAAGAGGUCCCUAAUGGUCCACGAGGCUUUAGGCACUGCAUAUUAUAAACCAAGUGGUCCAUGGCUAGAUAGAUAUUUGUAAAAUGGUCCAUAAUUAUGAAAACGUUAAAACCUGCUAUUGUGAUUCUCCAACUAAAUAAGAAUAGUGGAGUAAAUGUUAAGUUUGAUGUUCUGAACCUUAUUAAGUUAUAAAUUUAUAAAAUGUACACAAAUUAUAUAAAUACUCUAUUCUUGGAGCAAACGAAAAACGGAUAAUAGCUCAAAAUAUUAUGUGAGCGUCGAAAGUAAACUAUAUUGGUGUCGCUAUCCAUAGAAUUAUGUAUGGUUCCUGCGGAGUUUCUAUUGUACGGAGACUAGCGUCCCGUAUAAACAAAACGUGGUAUAUUAAUUGCCAACUUAUAUGGCGCAUGGUGAACCUUUAUUUCCACAGAGCAAAUCCAUUAAUACCGACAGCGAACAAACGUAUGAAUAAAAAUUAUAGUGAAUCUAGUUUCAUUAAAUAAUAAUUUACAAUACAGAAUUUGUUGAACUAUAACGACGAUCUCCGUAGUCGAGUGCGUCGCCGGCUUAAAGGAUUCACCAUCUCUGAGGAUCCGGGUUCCAUUCCCGAUCGGGAAAAUGUAGAAAAAUGAACUCUUCGAUACUUUCUCGAGUCUAGAUGUUGUGAUAUGUUCUUUGUCUCAGAAACUCCAUAUAAAAUUUAACUAUUCAUCUUGAAAUCUGAGCAAUAUAUGUGAUUUUGUUCUAAUGUUUUUUAACGUUUACUAGUUAAUUGAGUAAAAAAAAUUACAUCACCAAUAAAUGAUUAUGACGAUAAACGGUAAAAUACAAAGCAAUAGGUGAUCAUCUCACUCUGCAAGGUCAAGCCUGUCAAUAUAGGUGGAUUGCCCGAUGGCACGACACUUGAGUCAUUCUGAUUGGCCGACAUUUGCUUCGAAAUUUCUCACAUCGGUGAGCAGCCCUGCGAUUCAGUUGCAUAUCAGUUGUAUACGAUAGUACGGAUAGCUAUACGUAUCCCUUCCUUUCAACGAUCACGUAAUAUCAUUUUUUCGCCUGCCCUAAGAACAGACGAUAGAUAUAAUAUAUGUUACUAGUACCUACCUAACCCAGUGUGAAGCAUAUAUUCACUUUUUUUUUCAUGUACCAAAUAUAUACCAAUGUUUAUUAUGCAAACACUAAGACUAUUUGUAAAUACGUAAUAAUAGGUAUGUUUAAGAAUGUUGUAUAGAUUGAUAGUUUAUUAGCAUAAUUAAUAUUAAGGAAAUCUUUUUCAAUUACAAUGUCUGCCUAAUAUAUAUGUCCAUCAAAUUCGAAGAUCUCUACAUUUAAUCUCAAUCAAUACUUUUAAGUGAAUUUUCAUACAAGUUUUUACAUGUGUUUUAUACAUUUUAUCCCAUAAGUACCUACCUGUAUAAAAAUGUAUCACCACUAAGUUCUAUGGAAAGACAGAUCACACUUAACCUAACUGGGACAAGGUUUACACUAAGAUAAUAAAUAAAUAAUAAGCUCGUAAGCAAAAUAGAUGUGAAUCUGUAAAGAUACUCGCCUUUUCCAACAUAAUUCGGAACUUGAUUUUCAAUAUUCAGCUAUAGUUAACAUUAACAAUAAAAGGAUAACCAAAAAGCUACUCAUAAAACGAGGUCAUAAACCCGAACGUUAAAUGUUAGUACUUAAACCAUUGGACAUCGAAAGCAAAAUGACAGUGACAGAAGAGAAAAUGUCAAACCGAAACGUGUUAAUUUAUUUUCUUACAAAGUGAGUCGACUCUAUAAUAUGACAGUUUUAGUUGAGGUACUGAACUAGGUGCACUGAUAUUUCAAUUUUGAUGUUACCAUUAAUGUAAAAGUAGGAAAUAAGAAAUUUCUGUUGCUAUUUAGUAUACGGUAAAUCAUGAUAAUGUACAAAAAUGUAUAAUUUCUUUGAUUUUAAGUCCUAAUGUGUUCCUAGUUGAAAAAAAUAAAUGAUGGAAACUUUAAAUUUUAUGGUAAUCUGUGUCCACACCAAAGUUACCAUUAUAAUUUUAGGACUGUUUGAUAAACUUUUUUAAUUAAGGUUAUUAUAUUUUAUACUUUUAGCAUUAAAUUGAUCCUUACAAUAAGAAGGUUUUAAUAAUAUUAUAGUAACUAGUCAAUACCUAAGUUUUAUAGCAAAAAUUUAGUAACUUUUUCAUAACAUUAAGCCAGUAAUAAGUACUUGGACGUUUUUUACGAAUAAAUAGAUAUAAAUUAAUGUGAUAGUUAAUAUAUUUGAUGCAAUGAUUUUUGGCCAUAAUGUCAUGAAAAUUAUUAAAAACGAAUACCGAACAAGAUUUUUAUCACCAACUUAGUAUCUAACACAAACUAUGAAAUAUUAAAUUACUGUGAAAAAAAAACGUAUUUAGUCACGAAUAAUUAUCUUAAAUAUCUCAACAGUCGAACCUCCGUAUGGAAUUAUUCAUUUAUAAAAACUAAUGUAAUUGAAAUAAUAGAAAUUUCAGAAUGUUGACUGGUAUUAUGUUAUAAAAGAUAACUUUAAUUAUAAAUAUAUGAUUACAAAUUCAAAUAAUUGCUUAAAAUUGAAAUGUAGCAAUUGAAAUAAAAACAUUUUUCAAGAAAAUGCGCGUUUUUUUUACUUACAUUCACUGAUAAUUUAUACUUAAAUAAUAAUAAAAAAACAGUUUAUUAUAAAAACUAUUUUUACUUCUAUUAAGUAAUUUAAAAGAAUGUAGAUAUAGUAAGCAGACCUCUGUUAGUAGGGAAGUUCUAUAUGAAGCGCGCUUGGUACCAACAUGUACAUGCGGCCAUGUGCUUAAUACACAAAGGGAGCUAAAAUGACACAUUAUUACGAGGCACCAAAAUAGAAACAAAUCUUUAAUAAUAGUGAUAAUAGGUUCUUAGCGCCUGCCGUUACAUACGACUUUUCACUUCAAUUGUGAAAAAUUAAUUACACACUACAAUUCCAUCUAUCGGUUUCAAUAAUUACGAUUUGUCUCAAUAUUCAUAAAUACAACUAAAAAGAAUGGCCAAGAUCGCCGCUUUUAGGAGAAUGUCCAUAUGUGCAUGCGCACGCACCAGCCGCAAAACACGCAACGGAUUUUAUUCAAAAUUCCAAUGACGUCAUCAGCAUACUUCCGACGUCAAAACUAACAGUCGCAUUGUUUCAUAGAAGCAUCUAUGAAAAAUGUGAUGCAAUGGACGUAUGAUAACGACAAACCAGUGCAAUGCGUUUGAGUGCAUCUUUUAGUUCCAUUUUCAAAAUGUUUUUUCAAGAAUAUGUCUGUAGACUUGGUGACAGACCCAAAAUAAAAAUAAAAAACAUCCUAAAAGAUAUAAUUCACAUAUUUGUUUUUUUUUUUGCAUUCAUA